AUGUACCAGACACAUCCUAACCAGUGGAACGAGUUAAAGAAACGGCGCGACGCCUCAUAUCGCUCGCAUGCCCGGACCUACGUCCGAUGGACGAUCGAUGACCUCAGGCGUAUGGCUGCGUUAGAGCGCGAGGCGUUGUCCUUUAACGUGCACAAUAUUAACACGUACAUCGGGUCCUGCCGUAGCAGCGACCAAAUCAGCUGCAGGCGACAACUCCGCCCCUGUCCUGGCCCUGACGGCGCCCAGCCCCAAGUGGUUCUCGGUGAGUCUGGCUGUGACCUACCCCCGCGGGGCCCCCACCGGCUGGUCCAGUGGCCCCCGUGGCGAGGACUAUCCGCAUCUGGUCUGGCCCCGAGAUUAGUCUUAACAUCUGCGCCACCUGGUACAACUGACGCUGACUUGGCCCCUCUCCUUACUGGCCGCACCAUCAUUGCCAUCCGCUCCAAGAGAAGACGAUUGCCUCGUGUUAGUACUCUUGUCGGUAACAGCGAUCCUGCGCCCCAGGACCCCCCGGAUGAGGAGCCGGACAAGACGGAGGCACGGCCUUCCGAUGACGUUCAGCAUGAUGACUCUCGCGGCAUCGUUGAGUACAUCAACGGCCUCCUGCCUCUGAUUUCCAACACCAAUAUCCGGAACAAGGCCGAGUUGGCCCUUAGCGAGCCCGACGGGUUCUCAUUGCUGUUUUACGAAGUAUUCCCCAAGAACAGGACCAGAAACAGGCGCUCGAUACCACCCGUUAAGACAGGAAUUUGGCAACGUCGCCGCCAACGUUCCGCCAUAUACAAAUUCCUACAAAGACUCCAUUCUAGAAGCCCUAAAUCGGUGGUCGAGAGGCUCGUCGACAGCGAUCUCUCUUACGAGGGCCUCGUUGCCGAGCGAUCCUUCUCGGAGGAGGACUUUCUACGCAAAUGGAAGCCGGUAUUCGAACGUGACUGCUUUGCGGACCUGGCCAGAGACCAUCCAACGAACUCAUUUCCCCAUCCUCGUGUCCGAUGUCGUCUCCGCCCUUGCGUCCGCCGCCCUCCAGGGGCAAAGCCGGUAAUAUUUUCACCUCUGGUGACCUUCAUCAAGAAAGUGGAAGUACCCGGCGAUCCCCUGGAGUUUCGACUUAUUGCCACUGGGAACUAUUUUGUGCGGGUGUUCCACCGAGUCCUCGCUAGUCGUUUCGAAGCAUCCCUACCGGAUCAUCAAGACCAAGCCGGGUUUCAGCGUCUUGAUGAGAUUGCUCAUAAUGUCCUUAAACUACAUGCAGCCAUAUCCGAAGCCCGAAACAAGAACGAAAACUUAGUUGUCGCCUCUGUAGAUAUUCGAAAGGCAUUCGACUCACUCUCGCACAAAGCUCUCCUUGGCAUUUUGCGGCGGAAGGGGGUCCCAGACCUCCUUCUACAUUACUUUCGCUCCUACUUCAGCUCCAUUAGACUGCAGAUCGGGAUGGAUCUGAUCCACCCUGUUCAUCGUGGUGUUAAGCAGGGGGACCCCUUGGCUCCUUAA